AUGAAGGAGACAAUUCUGGAACACACGUUGUGUGCGUUGUGGGGAUCGCGCACGCACCAGUCUGGCUACCACGCACAACCAAUCAACUACCAGGCGGCUCAGGGUCAUCUCAGAGUCCUGUGGAAGUGGACACACAAAGGCAGACGUCUUCGAGGAUUCACCGAGGUGCAUUCGUCGUUCCUCGUCGACAAUCGAAAUGACGUCGACGAGUCUGUGUCAGCCGAUCUUGUCCAAGACACGGAUUUCACCUAUGAUGCAUCCUCGUCAACAUCAUUUGCCAUCCCUGGCUUGAUCUCGUUUCUACUCACUCACGAAAACACAUUUCAAGCACCUUUGUCUCGUCUGCGACAAACAACCUCUUCGCAUUUGCCUGCACAUUUGAAACUUGAAUUAAAAUUUCAUCACAAGCACAAAGCUCGCGUCUUCUCACAGAAGCCAGUCGCGCAGCCAAUCACGUCGUCGCAAAUGCCGCUCUCCUCUCGCUCGCACGAGGGGAAGCGUGAUUUCAGAAAUGCAACUCGCUUCUUCAUCAUCAUCAUCAUCACCACCACCAUCACCAGCAGCAUCAGCAGCAGCGUCAGCGGCGUUUUGUCCACCGCCAAAGCAACCCAUGCAAGGAGCAUCACCUCUAGACCAACUGCCGCCAACCUACUCACACCAGGCACGCCAGACCACCCGCCUCGUCUACCUCUUUCGCCACCCCCUCCAAAUGCCCCUCUCCGACGGUUUCAAAGAGCUGCAAUGCUCGUCAGCAGGCUGCCGCCACGAACGAUUGACCAAAAAUCCUCGGAAUUGGGCAAACGAGGCUUCGCCAUUCGACGCCUGCCCUCGUGGUAUCCCAGGAUGGCGGUUCCCGAGUGCCACAUUAACAGGACCCGCUUCAAUCAGGCCACCCUCGCUGCGGACAGACACAGUUUCCGGGCAAACGGAAAGAUUGCGAAAGACUGGGAAUACACGGCCCUAUCUGUGGGCGAUCAACCUCACCCUCCACCGCCGCAUCGUCGUCGUCGUCGCCUCCAGACGUCACCAACAUGCCGACAGAGGAAGCUCUAUGAAAUUGCCCAUCGUCUAUUCGGUUGUUGUGUCUGUUGUACACGACGCAGGCUCAGCCCACCGAACUGCAGACAGGAGAUGCACCAGAUCGGGACAACCAGUGACCUUGAGGUCGCCCGGAUCAUGGACGGCCACCCACCGAUCCACAUCUACCAGAAUCAGCUUCCGCCGCCAAAUGACUGCCACUUCACAAUCCGGAAUCCGUACUUCAGACCGCCACAGUCCAGCUCACGGCGAAACUGGGACACAGUGGAUCGGUGCAUUUACCCUCAUGACGAUAUUCAAGGUCACUUCGAGAGAGACAAUAUCGAAGACAUCGUGGCGAUGGUCUCUGGUAGAGAAACUGACAUCCUAGACGACCUGGUGGACAGUUCGUCGGCAUCCGAGGAGCGGGAGACGUGCAUUGAGGGUCCGCGGAAGGUUGUUACGGUUCAUCGGGCACCCUCUCUUGGCAGGAGGUACUGGAACCCUCAGCAGAUCUCCGACGACGAUGUGCCGAUAAGCGCACUCAUCUCCAAAAGUGGGUGGCUUAGUGACUUCGGCGACCAACGGAAACCGCCCCUUCAGCAAACUCCGGACAGCACAAUUGCCUCCACAGAACACUCGACCGUGGAAACAGGAUCAACGCAUGAUUUGGCCAAUCACCUUCUUGUGCCGCCCACUAAACGUGAUUUUGUCGUCACACAGGAAGGUGACAAACUCUUCGACUCUUCGAAGAAGAAAUUUGCUGAUCUUGAGUUUAAAAAUGCUGAACCCCAUUUCAGGGACAAAAUACGUGAAGCGCAUGAAGUCUGUCAAGAGGACAUGCCGAAAAAUGCAUUUGAACCAACCCAGUUGAAUUGCUAUCAAGCGGAACCUUCCAAACUCGACGAUGUAAAGUCUAGUCCACCGCCUUCUUCAGAAUCAUCCCAGGUUCCAGAUGUCUGUUCGAAGAACAACGGAGGAAAUGAGAAAGGCGCUGAUGGUGUUGGUGAUGACGCCGACGACAGCGACGACAAUGAAGGAAGUGAAAUUGGCUUCCUUGCCAAUUCCCGUGAAUCCAGCAUCGCGAUGGACGAUGUGGGAGUUGAAAAAGAGGAUGAUACUGUCUCCACAUCGACCACUUUGUCUUCCACAUCAUCGUGCUCCGUCAAGGACGGUGACGACGAAACAGAGGAGGUUGAUGAUGAUGAUGAUGAUGGAGACGAAGAGGAGAUGACGCCAGAUGAGGCCGUUGACAUGGCAACGGCUGAGGCAGCAAGCGAGGACUUUGUCCAGACCGGAGAACGAGUGAACGAGGCAGAUUUUCCAUCGCCACAGACCCCUCCGUCGAACGAUGAGGCCUCUUCUAGAGCAGAACCCGAUCGAAACACCGCCUCCCCCAUUCAAAUUGACCCCCACAUUCGCGCGCGGUGGAGGUGGGCAGUUCUGAGCCAGAAUCGGGACCUCGUCUUCUCGAACACCAUGUCUGCCCAGAAGCGGACUGCCAGUGUGCUUCCGGCAACCAUUUGUCAAACCUCUACUCUCAGUGGUGCUGAGUUAAAACUCCUGGUGUACAGAAAGACACUCAGCGCCCUAGCCUAUCCGAUCUCGGGUAACACACCGCACAACUUCCAAGUAUUCAACGCCACCGGUCCGACCUACUGCUACGAAUGUGAAGGUCUGCUGUGGGGAGUGGCCAGACAGGGUCUUCGAUGCUCUGAGUGCGGUGUCAAAUGUCACGAGAAGUGCAAACGCCUCCUUAAUGCAGACUGCCUUCAGCGUUCCGCAGAAAAAUCGUCUCGCCACGGCGCCGACGACAAGGCGCAAGCCGCCAUGAAUUCGAUGCGUUCGCUCAUCCAACGACGCCUUGCUGAACGUCCCGACAUCUUCACGGCCAUCUUCAACAUCUUCGCCAUCGAUCCACCAGCCGCGGAGUCACGUGACGAGCGUCUGAAAGAGGCCGAACGAAGCAUUCUCUCCGGAGCGAGUCAGUGGUCUGCCAAACUCGCCAUUACAGUGAAAUCUGCUCAAGGCCUGAUUGGAAAAGACAAGAGUGGACGCAGUGAUCCCUACGUGACGGUUCAGGUUGGCAAAGUUAGAAGACGCACCAAAACCGUGCCGCAAGAACUCAAUCCAACUUGGGACGAAAAAUUCUAUUUUGAAUGCCACAACGCCUCAGAUCGGAUCAAAGUGAGAAUAUGGGACGAGGACAAUGAUUUGAAGUCGAAAAUUCGCCAAAAAUUCACCCGGGAAUCAGAUGAUUUUUUGGGUCAAGCGAUCAUUGAGGUACGAACGCUUGGCGGCGAGAUGGAUUUGUGGUACAACCUCGAAAAGCGGACUGACAAAUCAGCGGUAUCUGGUGCCAUCCGACUGAACAUUUCGAUCGAGGUUAAGGGUGAAGAGAAUUCGGCGCCUUACCACAUUCAGUACACGUGUCUUCACGAGGCAACACCGAAACAACGAUCGAUUACCGAAGAACUGUGGAAGGUAUUCUUCGAUCCCCUGGGACAGGAGAUAAGCGAUGAAUUCGCCAUGCGUUACGGCAUUGAAAGCAUCUUCCAAGCAAUGACGUACGCUCACUUUGCGUGCCUUACUACCAAGUACCAUUGUGUCGGAGUGCCUGCACAAUUGUCGACGUUACUCGCCAAUAUCAACGCCUUCUACGCACACACCAGUUCCAACAACAGCCAAACCGCAUCCGAACGAUUCGCCGCAAGCAACUUUGGGAGGGAAAAAUUCGUGAAGAUUCUGGACAACCUUCACAAUGCGCUGCGAAUCGAUCUCUCCAAGUACAGAACAGUCUUUCCGGCAUCUCAAACCGAGCGUCUAGCUGACAUGAAGUCUACAGUUGACCUUCUUACAAGCAUCACGUUCUUCCGGUUAAAGGUAUGCGUCUUAGUCAAUUUCUUAUUUGCGUUUCACCACGUGGUGCACGAAUGA